AAGGGAACACGGCCUAUGGAGGAGGGGGAAGGGCCGCGAGGAGGAAGGGGACCUGGCAGGCCACGCCCCGGCAGAGCGCGGCCGAGCCCCUCCCCGGCUCUCCAAGCACUUCCCGUGCAACCUCCCCGUCCCCGAGUCCCGGGGGCGGCCGUGUCCCCUCCCCCACGCACUAAGACGCGCCCUGUCCGAACCCACGUGGCCGCCUCCUCGUUACCACCCGGAAACGCCACAACGUCCUCCUUCCAAGGCUUUUUCGCCCCGCCCCGCCCCGCCCCCGGCCCUCCAGCCCGAGCGCGGCCUGCAGCCUGGAAACCCUCGCUUCCCGGCAAAACUAAGAUAAGCCCUGUCCUGUCCUGUGCACACGCCACCCUCGCCCCCAGCUCCGCCGAGCCACCUCCCGCUCUUCGGCCACGACCUGUCCCCACCCCAGUCCGGGACCCUAUCCCAGGAGCGCAGGAGACCACUCCCUACCCCAGUCUCCGGACUGCGGGCGCACGGGGCAGCCCUGCUGGCGGCCCCGGGACCCCCUGGAGCUUCCAGCCCGGAAACCGGGAUCGGAGCGCCUCGGGCCCGCGUCCCUCCAGGGAGUCGUUGCCCGGUCUACUCACUGUGUGUUUGCUUCUGCCGACUUGCGCAUCCAAAGCAGGUCCCGCCUUUAAACCAAAUAUUCUGCUGAUCAUGGCGGAUGAUCUGGGCAUUGGGGAUCUCGGUUGCUAUGGGAACGACACACUGAGGACGCCGAAUAUCGACCGGCUUGCGGAGGAAGGCGUGAGGCUCACCCAGCACCUGGCGGCCGCCCCCGUCUGCACCCCCAGCCGGGCCGCCUUCCUCACGGGCAGACACGCGCUCAGAUCAGGCAUGGAUGCCACCCACGGGUACCGCGUCCUGCGGUGGAAUGGGGGCUCAGGCGGACUCCCCCAGAAUGAGACCACCUUUGCCAGGAUCCUGCAGCGGCAAGGCUACGCCACGGGCCUCAUCGGAAAAUGGCACCAGGGCGUCAACUGUGAAUCCCGCACUGACCACUGCCACCACCCCCUGAACCACGGGUUCGACUACUUCUAUGGCAUGCCGUUCACGCUGGUCAGCGAAUGUCACCCAGGCUGGCCCCCGCAAGUGGCCGUGGCCCUGGGGGGGCGGCUUUGGCUCUCCACGCAGAUGAUGGCGCUGGGGGUGCUCACGGUGGCGGCCGGCAAGACCCUCGGGCUCAUCUCCGUUCCCUGGAAAUUCGUCUGGGGUGCGGCCAGCCUGGUCCUGCUGUUCUUCGGCUCCUGGUUCGCCAGCCUGGGGUUCGUCCGCCGCUGGAACUGCAUCCUCAUGAGGAACCACGACGUGGUGGAGCAGCCCAUGGCUUUGGAAAGCACGGCCCGGCUUCUGAGCGGGGAAGCGCUGUCCUUCAUCCAGCGACAUAAGCCUGGUCCAUUCCUGCUCUUUGUUUCCCUGCUCCACGUCCACGUGCCCCUCAUGACCACCAAAGAGUUCCAGGGGAAAAGUCAGCACGGCCUCUAUGGCGACAACGUGGAGGAGAUGGACGGCCUUGUGGGGGACAUUCUUAACGCCAUCGAAGAACAUGGGUUGAAAAACACGACGCUCACGUACUUCACCUCUGAUCACGGGGGACACCUGGAGGCAAUAGAUGGGCACGUCCAGCUGGGCGGAUGGAAUGGGAUAUACAGAGGUGGCAAAGGCAUGGGCGGCUGGGAAGGCGGGAUCCGCGUCCCUGGGAUAUUCCGGUGGCCCGGGGUGCUGCCGGCCGGCCGCGUGAUCCAGGAGCCCACCAGCCUGAUGGACAUCUUCCCCACCGUGGUCCAGCUGGGCGGUGGCCAGGUGCCCCAGGACAGGGUGAUCGAUGGCCGGAGCCUGGUGCCCUUGCUGCAGGGAGAGGCCGAGCACUCGGCCCACGAGUUCCUGUUUCACUACUGCGGGGAGCACCUCCACGCCGCACGCUGGCACGACAAGGACAGCGGAAGGCUCUGGAAGGUCCACUACGUCACACCCCGCUUGCACCCCGAGGGAGCGGGGGCCUGCUACGGCCACGGCCUGUGCCCGUGCUCCGGGCCGGGCGUCACCCACCACGACCCCCCUCUGCUCUUCGACCUCUCCGGGGACCCCUCAGAGGCCCAGCCCCUGGCCCCCGGCUCGGAGCCCCUGUACGGCGCGGUGCUGGCCAGGGUGGAGCAGGCGGUGCGCGAGCACAGGAGGACCCUGAGCCCCGUGCCCCCGCAGCUGUCCCCGGGUCGCAUCGCGUGGAAGCCCUGGCUGCAGCCGUGCUGCGGGCACUUCCCCUUCUGCUCCUGCAGCCAGGACCCAGCCCUCAGGGAGGCUUGACGGCGCCCAGUCCUCCUGGCUGGGUGACGUCACCAGAAAGUCAGAGAUGCCGCGGGAGUUUGAGGAGGCGAGGGACACUGCACCCUCCUGCCUGGUGGGAUCGUGAGCUCGUGCAGCCUCCCGGGAGCUUCCCGAACAAUAAAAAGUGGAGCUGCGCAAGGAUCCAGCAGUCCCACGCCAUUGGAAGUCA